UUGUUCAUUCCGCUUCUUUGAGGAGUUGCCCGUUCUUCCCAAGUUUGGAAAUAGUUUUGUUGUGCAGCAACGAACGGUGAUUACGGACUGUUUUCGUUCGUGUUAACUCUUUGAAAUGGCAUCCAUAGUUUCUCCUGAAAUAUUUGCAUACAAGUAAGAUGUUCACGUUCGCCAGAAACGCUGCUACAAUUAGCUAAUGUUUGUCAAGAAAAAGCGGUGGAAAUGUUUUCAUCGCGGAUUUUAACAAUGGCAAUAUCCAGCCAGUUAGCGAGCGGCUCUCCUUGGUGAGAGUGGCACACAAACUUACGAAUGCUUCAGGUAAACCCUACCGCGAAGAGGGUCACGAUAUGGUCAUUAAUCUUGAAUAUCCAAGUGUCGUGUUUGUGUCUACCUCCUUCAUACUCCCAUUGGUGUCACGGUGUAACCCGGCGUGAGACUCGGCGUUUAUUGGAGUACAGUGCUGCACAUCAGUCUUGUUAUAACGGGACAGCUCAGGAUGCAUCAUGCUACACAACACUACAACCACCUCCUUUCUCGGAGAAACAGGAGAGCCUCUCAAGUAUCCAUGUAAUGCAACAUGACACUGGUGGGAAAUCAGCAAAGCAGACAUUGCUUAGGAUGGAGGGUUUCUUCUUCUUUUUUAAUUCUAUACAUCAACAAUACAGUACAAUGGAAAUCAAUGGACGCAUGGUGUUGUUUGCAGAGGCCCCCCUUUCUUCUUCAGCUCCUGCUGGUCCAUGGGGACACUCUUUUUAUACGCCACUUACCUACAUGUCAAACAUUUUGCACCUCCGGAACCGCAGAAGCACGCUCACCAGAUACAACCCGGGCCUCGCGAUACCUCAGGUUCAGAGUGCGGCACCCUCAUCUGCAUUUGGGGUCACAUUUUGCAAGUGUGCACAGGUGAAGCUGGACACUGACCCUCCUCAGCUGACUUUCUUCCUGCGGAUUCACAACAAGGGCCCAGUGGGUGGCACCAACCUGUCUCAGGUGGCAAUCCGGGACUCCAUCUCUGGAAUAGUACCCCUAAAAUCUGAAGGCAGGGUUGUGGAAAGAGGCUACCAGACGUUUGCCAUUGAUUCACUGUCUGCUGGAUCCCAAGUAGUUGUCAACUAUACCGCUCACAUAAAGAGUCAUAAGAGUGAGGUCCUGGACCUUCCGGCUUUUCUUACCUUCUCUAACGCCUCACAGAAUGAUGUCAGUAUGUUUGGUCCAUUGACGGCUAAUCUAACCUUGACGGUGAAUUCCACCGACAGGAUCUAUCCUAACCAUGGGGUCCAUUUUGCUGGAUUUGUCGCUGGGUUCUUUGUCACAUUGGUGCUGCUGUCCCUGGGGUUUCUAGCCGUGAACCUGAUAGGCCUCCGAACCAGGCUGAAUCUUCUUCAGCAAAGGAGAAACAGAAGGGAUUCGGACCCAGAGUAUGCAGACUGCAACAUGAGUGAGACCGUAAAAGAUGAGGCUGCAUUUGAAGACAAGAUGGUGGACACCAUGGUGUUGGAGGAUCCCCAGAAUAUGUACCAGGCUUUGGAGAACCUUGAAAUGUCCACACUGCUGCAUGCCACCAACAACCUGGAGGCAACCCGAAUUCAGAUCUACAAGGAUGUGAUGUCCUCCCUGCUGGGCGGCCUGCGUUCCCGGGGCCAGUGCAGCGCCCAGGCCCAGCAGAGACUCCUCAGUGUGCUCCACGGACAGAUGCUGGGCAUGGAGGGUCGGCUGAAGGAGGAGCGAGGGGCCCGCAUGGCUGCUCUGGCUGGUCAGUGUAACCUGGAGACUCGGGAAGAAAUGGAAGCAGAGCACCGCAGAGAAGCUGCUGAGAAGGCCCAGGCCGAGCUGCUGUGUCAACACGCAGACCAACAGGAGCUCCUCCACUGCAGCGUCCUCCUGGAGAAGCUGCACAAGCUGAGCCAGAGUCAGCUCCAGCGCAUUCUGUUGGUCCGACACGAAGAAGCCUCAGGCAAGGUCCAGAGGCAGAUCAUCGAGUGGCGCCGGGUGGAGUUGCACAAGAUCUUCUCUGAAGAACUGGAGGAGGCCACCAGGAUGGGCGAGUUGGAGAGGAGUACAGCCAAGAGUCUUCAGCACGAUUACUUUGCCUGUCAAGAUCAGCUAGAGGAGGUGCUGGAUGUCGUCCUUGCCAACCAGCGCUAUGUGCUCGCUGAGCGCCAUGCACAGAGGAAAUUCUUGGUGCACAGCCUUCACAGCCUCAACAGCCUGAUUUCAGACAGCUUCUCCAGCACCUCCGGCAAUCUGGACAGCUGGUUCACUCACAUCAGGAGAGGGAGCAUUGUGCCUGCAGAGCAGAUCGACCAGCUACAGGACAAGGCUCAGAAAGAGUUGGUGAUGGUGAGGCAAAGACUGGAUGAGGCACUGAGCCAAGAGAGGAGAGCCAUGCGCUGUGGACUGAUUAAGAAGAGGCGGGAGCUCAUCUCUGACAUGCUGCGGGUCCACAAACAGAGACAGAAGGAUCUGUCGGCUCUGUCCAAGGGUCUGGAGGAAACGAUAGAUGUAGCUCAGCACCUGCACUGUUGGCAGAACUUACUGACAACUCAAAGUUUGGAGCUAGCAGAGCUCAUCAACAACCUGGAUGAGGAGGCUGCUGCCGACAUUCGCAAGGUGACCAUGCGUAUGAUCCAGGGUGCCUUAAUAGAAGUCAAAGCCAUCCAGCCUUCUGCAACCCAGGCCUUGCUAACCCUUCUGCCUCCAGGGGCACAACGCUCCGUGCUGCAGGUGGAACCUGAGGCAGGACCAGGACAUGCCCAGGGACAAGGAGUGAGCGCUCUCUUGCAGGGCCAGGAAAGGUUGCACCAGGAAGGCAAGGCAGCCUUACGCACCCUCAGCUGCACCAGGGAGGCUCUGCGGGAUGCCAUUGAGAGAGAGCUGCAGGAGCAGAGAGAGCUCAGGGCGCAAUGCAGAGCUUUCUUCAGGUGUUUGUGUUCGUCCCAGUUGACCCUGUCUGAAGAUGACCGGCUCAGGAUGAAACUGGAGUUUCAGAAGUGCCUGUCUGUGAUGGACCGCUGCCUGGUGCUGCCCCACGCCAUCUCCAGAACCAAACUCCACACCGCUCUUGCAGCUUGGAGAAAGGAGCGCGAGCAACAGAUGACAAAUAAGCAAUCCAAGGGGAUAACCAGCGAGUCAAGACAGAAAACGGACACGUCGGAACUGCUGCUUUUCCAGAAAAAGCUGGAGGACAGCAUCCAACUGUUUGAGAAGGAGAAGGAGACGGAGAGCGGCGUCAUGAACAAGGUGAUGGAGGAGAUGCGUAGGGAGAGAGAGGACGGUCUGCGCUCUCAGGGCGACAGCCUGGCGAUGCAGAUGGCUACCAUCCACUACCAGAAGGCUGAGAGGAGGACCAAAGUCUUGCAGACCUGCGGAGCAAUGCUCACUCUGCACAGCCUGCUCAUUCUGCAGCUCAGAGAGAGAAAGAGCCUGGAGAGACAAGACGUGGCCCAGAGUAUACAGAACCACUGCUUGGGCCUAGAGGAAGCAGAACAAGAGCUUCAGAAGGAGAGGGCUAAGCUGGAUGGCCUGCAAAUGUCUCGGUCCAGAGUCGGGUCCAAUCCAACACGGAGAGAUGACCCUGAUGAGGGCGAGGGGGAGAGUGAGGAGGAGAGACUGUUUCAGCUGCAGCAGGAUUGCAGGAUGACGUCCAUCCUCCAGGAGGCACUCUACAAGAGGGAUCAGGUCAUCACACUGUUGGCUGAGAGGUGGCAGAAAAUGACUGGCAACAAUCAAGCCAUGGAAGAUUUAAAAGAGCAAAUGGAGCUCAGGAGACUUUAUGCAAACUGUGACCAGGAUUUGGAGUUUGCAUCUCGGCUGGUGAAGCAGAGUCAGGUAUCUGCUGAGGUUCUCCUGGAGGCCCUGCGUCUCCUCCUCCCCACCCUGCCUGAAAGCGAACUCAUUUCCAUCACUGACGCCCUCUGCCCCAAACAGCACCCUGUUUCAUCACCGGCAGAGCAGGAACACUCGGGGUGUGCCGGCGGGGUGAACAGACCUCUUUCUGUCAAACUGAGAGAAGACCUGGUGCAUAAAAAUAUGCCAAGCUGCACUUUGGAAAGAGAGAGACUCCAGGAAAAGAGGCAAUGUUUGAUGGAAAAACUGCUCCCCAGAAGCCGUCUCCUGGUUUCCAGAGAUGUUGCACUGCUGCUGGUUAAAGAGAAAGGAAAGGAGGACAGUUUUACUAAAGCCCAACAGCCUAUUCAUGACUCAACCCUGACAGAAAACACAGUUACAGAGCGGCAAAAUGACACUGCAAAGGGAAGGUUUGUGGACACAGUGAAUGAAACAUUACAAAGCACGGCAGAGGAAUACAUGAUGCCAGCCUCUGCCAGCAGCGUACUGGGCGUCCCUGCUACCGGAGAGAGAUUAUUUGUGUUCCGGGAUCCACCUGAUUCAAGUGGCAGCGUGGGUGCUCCGAAAAGAAAAAAGAAAAAGAACUUUCUCAAUCUGAAGAAAGGCUCAGUGGCUCCAUCAAACCUUUCUCGAGACUGACUGACAUUGUCUUUUGCGAGGUUUUAUGAUGAUGGUACUUUAUUAUGAUAUAUAAUAUUAGAAUCCAAAAUAAACCAAUAGGUUUGCUGUGUGUAGCAAAACAUUUUCAGUGGCGUAUGUUGCAUGGUGGGUACAUUAAGGAGGUUGACAAACAGUUCCAUCAUUUCCAAUGGUGUUGGCUUGAAUCUUUUAAGUGCUGGGAAAUAUCCACUCAAGUACAUACUCGCUUUCACUUUAGAAAUGUGUUAUUGGGGAAGAGAACAGAUUAAAAACCCCACUCUUGCAGUAUUGGUGUGUACUGCAUUAAAUAUCAA